AUGAGCGCAACGAACACGGCAGCCGCAGCCCCUCAGCAGCCCAACCCGCCCGCAUCCGUCGCACCCGCAUCGAGCGCGACCAAGUCGACCGACGAUGGCAGCAUCCUGAGCAAGGGAAAGAAGCUCCUGGGCCUAGGCAAGAAGAAGGAUUCAGAGGCCGGUAAACAGCCAGCAGAGAGCGCAUCAACAACCACGACACCGACACUGCUCCCCUCGCCCCCAAUGUCACCGCCCGAGCAACGAGCAUCGCCGCGAGGAAGCCCGCGCAUGCUGCCUAUUGGCGCAUCUCCUGGUCGGCGCAUCCGCUCUACGUCGCCCGGUCUUCACAGUCCCGCCUCGUCGCUCAUCUUCGAGCGCAAUGUACAGGAGCCCGAGCCCUCAGCCGACGUGCCUGCCCACAUCAAGACGGAAGACCACAUACCCCCCGCGCUGGAUGCGACGUCCCUCGCAAUUACCGACAACCACCUCAACCCCGACGAGGUGGAGAUUAUAACACACACGGCGCAUCAGCCCGCCGCCGUCGCAGUUGCGGGCAGCAUAACCGACUCCCUGCACUCGCCACCUCUCCCUCACACAGAAUCUGUGGCGUCCAGCCAUGCUGACGUGCCGGACUCAGCACCUGGAUACGGCUCGCUGGACACGGCGGAUCCCCGGCGCUUGAGCUUCAUCUCAUUCGCAGACGUGGUGCAGGCAGAGCAUGUUGAGCACGAUAGGCAGGAAGUGUUGGGCGCCACAUCGACGGAGGCUCUGCAGUUUAUGAGCCUCUCGUCGACGGCAAACCGAUCGCCCUCGCCAGUGCGGUCUGCGGCGUCUUCGCCCCCAACCACAAGCGGAGCGGCUUCGCCCAAGCACGCGGAUCUGUCGCGCACGCGGUCACCGGCGAGUCCUACGUCACCUCUCGUGCUCGGCAGCCCACACCCAGCGUCGGGCGAAGAGCUGCCAGUGCAAAUUGAAACGAUGCGACAGGCGCUGCGCAAGACGCACUCGGGCGACCUCAGCGGUGCGCGCUCGCAGCCAUUGAGCGCGGCGAGUGUGGAGGAGAGCGCGGCUGACAAGCCCCCGUUCAAGUGA